ACAACUGCAGUGUCUCUAACUGGAUUUCUCCCUGGAGGACGUAAAGCUGAUCGGCAUCCUCAGCUUCUCAUCCAACCUACAGUCUCCAAGGUCCCUCUCCUCUGCCAUAGACACUGGAAAAUCCCUUCUUGAAGUAGAUUCCAUGUCUACUCCCUGGCGGCUCCUGGCUGGGACUCUGGGAGUCCUAGCCCUGGCCCUCAUGGCAUCCGUGCUCGCACUGGGGGUCCUCAUGGCAACCCACUCUUACCAAGCAUUUGAGAGCCCCUUUUCAGUUGUCAACUUUUCAUCACAAAGAGGAUAUUACUCUCUCUCCUGCCCACAAAACUGGAUCUGGAACAGAGGGAACUGUUAUUACAUCUCUACAGAAGCCAAGACGUGGCCAGGGAGUCAAACAGCUUGUAAAAACAUGAAUUCCAGCCUCUUGAAGAUAGAAGACAGGGAGGAGUUGAAAGAUUUUCUGAAACUUUUGAAGUCUUAUUACUGGACUGGACUGUCUCGGCGUGGCCCUGAUGAACCCUGGCGGUGGGAGGAUGGAUCUGGUCUCUCCCACAACCUGUUAUCUGAGCAAGAGCAUUUCUUUAGGGGAUGGUGUGUACAUUAUGGAUUUUCUAAUCAAUUUUCAUCUGAAGACUGUCACCAUUCAACAACAUAUAUUUGUAAGCAAAGUGCAAUAUAGGCUUUAAAAAGGCUCUAUCAACUAGAAAUUCCAUGAUAAACAUUUUCAUUUAAGAGAUUUUCUAUAAUGCCGCAAAACACCACUGAUUGUCUCUUGGAAUGUAUACUGUGCCGCUUCGCUUCGUGUGAGGUUCCGGGGAUUACUGUUAUAAAUUGUUGAGAUAAAGAGAAAUAAUGACAGAAGAAUGAUUGAGUUAACCUACCAAUUUGCACACAAUUAAUUGGGUGUUAUCUCCAGCUGAUAAGGUAGAUUUCUACAUGACUAUCGUUUAUUCAUGGAUUAUUUAUGUAAACUCUUAUAUCAACAUGACUGUAAUAAACCGAAAAUAUGGAAACUCCUAAUUACAGUUUGUUCUUUACAAAUAAA